AUGCGAAUUGCAUAUCGUGUUGAUACUGACAUACCUUUCAUUUCGUCUGAUAAGGCCGCACCAGAUACCGAAAGCGUUUACCUUGGACUUUUGUCUGCUGAAUUGUGGCAAGAAGACCUCGGCUCAGCGUCAUGAUCGGGACUCGAGCCUGGGCCGGAGGGGGAUCUGCUUUCGGGGUGCAUGGAAGAGCCUCACUGCCCCUCCGCCUCGUGCCGGUCCCGACCAGUCGUCCUCCUCGUCUCAGAAAGAAGUAGCCGGGGGCCAACCGGAGACAAAAUGGGUCAGGACGUCUGUUUCGCUCCACCCCGUGACAGAAGCGACCUCUGCCCUGGCGGUGAAUUGGACAAUGUUAAAUUACUAACAGAGUCGGGCCCUUAUCCUACCCCCGAUUUGUGCCGCCACUAUCGUGGCUACUCAGUUGUCCCUGAUUUCCUACCACAAUCCCUGAAAUACUGCCGACCGCCGACCGCGUCGGCUCAAGAGUCUGCAAGAGGACAGUCUCUUUGCCACCGCCCACAACACCAGCAUGUGCACAAACAAUUGGUUAGUCCAAGCUUGUGCAUAUAUCGGUUCAGUUGUUGCCGUGUCUACAUGUGUAUGUACCUGUGUGUGUACAUCGUCUCCGGGGUCAUCAGAGCUGAAAGAGAAGUGUUUAGACUAUCAACCAAUUGGAUUCCCGAGAUGCGUCACUUGUUAGGCUUUGGGAAUUUUGCAACAGCACUAAGUGGAGAUUACAUGUUGACCAGAUUGGUCUGCUUGCAACAGACGCCUUUUGGUCUCUGGUCCUGGCAUCCGGCAAAGUGGGCGGCAGUGGGCCCCAGAUUCAUUUGGCAACAAGACAACAGGGCCGACAAGUUCACACUCCCUCAUUCACACGCUGCAGCCGCCCUGGUCCGUGUGGGUGUGGCCCUGCGAGAGGACGAAGCGGGAUGGCAUGUUAGCGUGUCGGAAGCUGUUGGUGUUAUGUAA